AAAGAUCGUGAAAAGAAUGUUUUUAUCAGUGAAUGUAAUUUUGGAUCAUUUGGGUUCUACUCCCAAGAGUCGAAACUUUAUCGAAGGUGAACAAAUUGUAAAUUCCAACCACUUAAUUUACACAGGAAUUUUAAGUGAAAAUAGUGAACAGUAUAAAUUGUUGUCUUACUGUAUACAAUCUUCAAAAACGCGAGAAGAUCCGCACGAGAUAAAUACGGUAAUUGCCAAAACUGGAAAAAUUAUUUCAUCUAAAUGUAGUUGUGCAGCUGGACAAAGUCAACAGUGUAAACAUAGUGCUGCGGUAUUAUUAUUUUGUUCACGUAAUGACUUAACUAGUUUAAAGCUCGUAUCAUCAACAGACAGAAAAUGUCUUUGGUGUGCGCCACGGGAUUCUUGCUUAGAGAAAUAUAAUGCGAAGCCUUUAAGUGAGCAUAGCUGUUUCAAAAUCAAAAAGGAUCAUCUGGUGUUAGAUGAAGACGUUAAGAACAGUGUGGCCAGAUCGCACGAUUUUCACCCCUUCUCUAGGCGUCGCGCGCGCCCGUACACAAGUAAGCGAUGUGUGUCUGUGAGUCGGAAAGCCGAGCGGAGCCGAGAGAAUCCGAGACACGUCGACAAAUCGAGGGGAAUGAAGCCCCUGCCACAAGACACAGAGGAGUAA